UACGCAGAACAAGACGAAUCAAAAUCACCUUAAGUUGAAAAUUUAGAUGAGCACGUUGUUGAAGGACUUAGAAAUACAAAAGAAAACCUGAUUUGAUGGCGGAAGAUGAACCUUCAGGGGCCCUCUCAAAGCCACUGGUUUUUCGAGUUGAUGAGACCACCCCGGGCGUGGUGCAAAGCGUCCUCCUGGAGCGAGGGCGGAAUCAGUUCGAUGAGCAGGAGCAGAACGUGGAGGACUGGAACCUGUACUGGAGGACGUCCUCUUUCCGAAUGAGCGAACACAGCAGCGUUAAACCGUGGCAGCAGCUCAACCACCACCCCGGAACAACCAAGCUCACCAGGAAAGACUCUCUGGCCAAACACCUGAAGCACAUGGGGAGGAUGUACGGCACUUCCCUGUACCAGUUCACACCCCCGACGUUCGUCAUGCCCGCCGACUACACCAGGUUCGUGGCUGAAUACUUUCAGGAGAGGCAGACAGCAGGCGCCAAGCACAGCUACUGGAUUUGCAAGCCUGCCGAGUCGUCUCGUGGGAGGGGGAUCCUCAUUUUCCGUGACUUUAAAGACUUCAUCUUUGACGAUGCGUACAUAGUGCAGAAAUACAUCUCCAACCCUUUACUUAUUGGCGGAUAUAAAAGUGAUCUCCGCAUCUAUGUUUGUGUCACCGGCUUUAAGCCUCUGACCAUCUACGUUUAUCAGGAAGGGCUGGUUCGGUUCGCCACAGAAAAGUUCGACCUCGGUAACCUGCAAGACGAUUACGCCCAUUUGACCAACAGCAGCAUCAAUAAAUCCGGGGUCUCCUAUGGGAAGAUCAAAGAAGGGGUUGGUCACGGUUGUAAGUGGACCCUCAGCAGAUUUUUCUCCUACCUUCGUAGCUGGGAUGUGGACGAUCUGCUUUUGUGGCAGAAAAUCCAGCGCGUGGUUAUUCUCACCAUUCUCGCCAUUGCACCAUCCGUCCCCUUUGCUGCCAAUUGCUUUGAGCUCUUUGGGUUUGAUAUUUUGAUUGAUGAGAACUUGAAACCAUGGCUUUUAGAGGUCAACUAUAGCCCAGCGUUGACCUUGGAUUGUUCAACAGAUGUGUUGGUGAAGAGAAAACUUAUCCACGAUAUUAUUGACCUGAUUUACCUACAUGGGCUAAGAAAUGAGGGGAGAGAAGGCAGUAAGGCCACACAUGGCAAUUCCAACAUCCAUGCCACAAAGAGGGACAGAGGCGGGCUUGAUGCUCACGACUGUCUUCCUUAUGAGUCCCUCUCGUUCACAGGCAGAACUUACAAUGAGGAUGACUCCGUGGUGGAGGCAGCUGUGAGCCUGUGUCCUGAAGCUGCACCCGCCUCCCAGCUGGAAGGGGAGGUGAGUGGGCAGGAGGAUUUUCAUCUGUCCACGAGGGAGACGCCACAAAGCAAGCCCAAGUUACGGAGGAGGCACACACCGCACAAGACACGCAUGCCCUACGGGUCCCUCGUGCAGUCGCACUCCGGCAAGACCAAGACCUCCCCUCCUGUCCUCUCAGACCACGGCUCAGCCCCAGACACCCGAGCAGGCAACUUCGUUCUUGUUUUUCCUUUCAAUGAAGCUACCCUUGGAGCUUCCAGGAAUGGACUAAAUGUCAAAAGAAUAAUCCGAGAGCUCCAGAAACUCAUGAAUAAGCGACAUUCCCAAGUGGUGAGAAAUAAAACCAGGACAAGCAACAUGGAUUUUUAAAAACCAAGGAUUCGUAUCCUUGAGAAAGCGAUAGUUCAAGUCCCUCACCCGUGCCAUCGGCAUGUGAACUCUGUCACUGGGACUGAAGAUGUGGCCGUAUAUGAAAAUAUACCAGCUCUGACAAGGCACAGCACGUUCCGGUGGUGAUGAAACUACAUUACGUC